GGAGACUGCGUAAGUGAAAGUGAAACUCAGCAGCUCCAUUUUCUGUCGGGUAGAAAAUGUUCAGGAGUAAACACACAGCGCUGGAAGUCAUUACCCUGAUAAAGAACAAGUUGAAGAGGGAAGAGGUUUAGGAAUCCGAGUCCAGAUUACCCAGCAUGCACUGAGAGGGAGGUGGAGGAUAAGGAGGAUCAGAGCAGUGUCAGAGUGUCAGCGCUGAAGAUCACGCCGCACAUCCUGAAGAAAAUGAACCACACAGAUCUCGCUAACACACUGCAGAACCAGCCUCUGGUCUCUGAGUGUCAAGAAAAAACAAGAUCCAACCUGAGAGAGAAGUUUAUCAGAAUUAAUGAAGGAGUCUCCCAGCAUGGAAGCUCAGCACUUCUGAAUGAGAUCUACACAGAGCUCUACAUCACAGAGGGUUGGAGUGGAGACGUCUGUAAUGAACAUGAGGUGAGACAGAUUGAGUCAGCAUCCAGGAGACCAGCAACACAGGAGACGCCCAUCAAAUGUAAUGAUCUCUUUAAAGACAAGUCCAUCAGAAGUGUGCUAACUAAAGGAGUUUCUGGAAUUGGAAAAACAGUCUCUGUGCAGAAGUUCAUUCUGGACUGGGCUGAAGGAAAAGCAAAUCAGGACAUCACCUUCAUGUUUCCACUUCCCUUCAGAGAGCUGAAUCUCUUAAAAGAGAAACAUCUUAGUAUGCUUAAUCUUUUUCUUCACUUUUUCCCAGAAGUGAGUAAACAGGAAUUGAUAGACUGUAACUCCUGCAAAAUUCUAUUAAUCCUUGAUGGUCUGGAUGAGUGUCGACUUCCUCUAAAUUUCCAGAAGAAUGAGAGAGUGUGUGAUGUGACAGAGGCAGCCCCAGUGGAUGUGCUGCUGACAAACCUCAUCAAGGGGAACCUGCUUCCCUCUGCUCUCCUCUGGAUCACCUCUCGACCAGGAGCAGCCAAUCAGAUCCCUCCUGAGUGUGUAGACCAGGUAACAGAGGUACGAGGGUUCAGUGAUCCUCAAAAAGAGGAGUACUUCAGAAAGAGGAUCAGUGAUCAGAGCCUGGCCAAUAAAAUCAUCUCACACAUGAAGUCUUCAAGAAACCUCUACAUCAUGUGCCACAUCCCAGUCUUCUGCUGGAUCUCAGCCACUGUUCUAGAGAGAAUGUUGUGUGAAGCAGAGAGUGGAGAGAUCCCCAAGACAUUGACUCAAAUGUACACACACUUUCUGAUCUUUCAGAUCAAACACAGGGACCAAAAGUACCAUCAGAAAUGUGACGCUGAUCCUCAGCAGACACGAGAGAGUAUCCUGGCACUGGGAAAACUGGCUUUCCAACAACUGGAGAAAGGAAACCUGAUCUUCUAUGAGGAAGACCUAAAAGAGUGUGGCAUUGAUGUCAGAGAAGUGUCAGUGUACUCAGGAUUGUGUACCCAGAUCUUUAGGGAGGAGUUUGGGCUUCACCUGGGGAAGGUGUUCAGCUUUGUACAUCUGAGCGUUCAGGAGUUUCUGGCUGCCUUGUAUGUUUUUCUUUCACUUGUCUUGCAAAACAGAAAUCUUCUAAAAAAUCAAAACACUUGUAUGGAACUUUUCUUCAGAAAGCAUUCCAUGUCUGAUGUCCUUAGGAGUGCAGUGGACAAGGCCUUACAGAGUGAGAAUGGACACCUGGACCUGUUUGUCCGCUUCAUUCUAGGUCUAUCACUGGAGUCCAAUCAAACUCUCCUACGGGGCUUAAUACAACAGACAAGAAGCAGCUCUCACAGGAAAGAGAAAACAGUCAAGUACAUCAAGGAGAAGAUCAGGAAGAACCCAUCUCCAGAGAAAUCCAUCAAUCUGUUCCAUUGUCUGCAUGAACUAAAUGAUCAAUCCCUAGUGCAGGAAGUACAAACAUACCUAGAGAAAGAAGAGUUCCCUCCUCUCGGGAGACUCAAACUGUCUACUGCUCAUUGGUCAGCUCUUGUGUUUGUGUUAUUGACCUCAGAACAGGAGCUGGAUGAGUUUAUUUUAAGGAGAAUUGAUUCAUCAGAAGAAUGUCUUCUGAAAUUGCUGCCAGUGGUUAAAGCCUCCAGAAAAGCUGAGUAAGCAUUUUUAUUUAUAAAUGCAUUACUGCAGUGUUUAUAACUAUAAUAAUAUUUUAAUAUUUGGAUUAUUGCUUGUUAAAUUAUCUUUAACAAACCUCUGGUACUUUUACAGAAGAUUGUUUUUACACUAACACAUUUUGUCUGCACUGAUGGCAUG